GAACGGUUCCUCGACCAGAGAAGUAGUCAGUUACGCCUUGCAUCGCAUUGUCUUUGAAAAUGAACAAACGCGGUUUGUUAUUUUUGACAUGUUUUCUGAUACAAAUGAUGAUUUUUUUGGAUCAGCCGGCUAGCACUUCAGGGCAAGAGCCUGCUUUUGAGUUACCAGUGGAAUUGGUUGGUUUUCCAGUUAUUAUAUUAGCGGUGAGGCUCUCCAAUUUCGUGAAGAAACUGGCUUAUUCUCUGAAUCCGGGCACCUACGUAGCUAAACGAUCACGUCGAGCUAUCCCGUCUGAUGAAAUGAUCAACAUGAUCGAAGCCGAGAAAAGAUUGGUUUCUGAAUUGGGCGAGAACGUCUGCAUUUAUCCCAAAGUGUGUUUACAUCACGCAAAAAAAGCUAGAACAAUCAACGGACGACAGGAAGUGGCCGUCGAUUGGGACGAGGUUUUCAGCAACUACAAGACGGCAACAGAAAAACAGAAAGAAUUCUAUCUACUCAGCGUUUUUCUUGGAGACUUUAUUGCAUCACCAUCUUUUUGCAACCAGCUGGUGAAACGAGGGCGUGGCUGCAAAGAAUAAUUCAGUGCCAUAGUUAAUUAGGUAAAUACUUCAUUUCAUAUCAGAAUGUCUGUUAGACAUUGAGUUACGUGCAGGACCGGAGUAGCGGUGAAGGAAUCAAUUGUGGCUGUUUUAGUGGUUCAUGGGCCACAAUAUUUUAUCAAUAAUGUUGACUAUUUUU